CUCCGUUGGGUACAUUUUAUGCGCAAGCGCGGUUGCGAACUCGGGCGCUCUCCAGAGCCGAGGGGGCUGGAAAGCAAGGAGGGGUGAACAACAUGGCCGCCUCCAUGAUUUGCACCCGGGCGGUGACCGCGGCCGCCAGGCAGCUCAGAGGCUACCAGGGCGGUGGCUACGCCGGCUUAAGCGCCGCUGCCCAGGUUCUCAGUGGAAGUCCAUUACUUCAUAGUGAUGUAUUUCAAGUUGGACAAAGAAGAAACUUGUCACUACAUGAAUACUUGAGCAUGGAACUACUGAAAGAAGCUGGGAUUUCUGUUCCAUAUGGAUUGGUUGCAAAGACACCAGAGGAAGCUUACAAAGUUGCAAAAGAAAUAGGUACAAAGGACCUUGUUGUAAAGGCACAGGUUUUAGCUGGUGGCCGGGGAAAAGGAACUUUUGAAGGUGGCCUGAAAGGAGGAGUGAAAAUAGUAUUUUCUCCAGAAGAAGCAAGAGAGAUUUCUUCCAGAAUGAUUGGAAAAAAGUUACACACUAAGCAGACAGGAGAGAAGGGCAGGAUAUGUAAUCAAGUAUUUAUCUGUGAGCGGAGAUAUCCCAGGAGAGAGUACUAUUUUGCAAUUACCAUGGAACGAUCAUAUCAGGGCCCUGUACUUAUUGGCAGUGCCCAAGGUGGUGUCAAUAUUGAAGAUGUGGCAGCAGAGAAUCCUGAUGCUAUUGCUAAGGAACCUAUUGACAUUGUGGAAGGCAUCCAAAAGGAACAAGCUGUCCGGCUGGCCAAGAAAAUGGGAUUUCCUCUUAACUUGAUAAAUGAAGCAGCUGAUACUAUGAUUAAGAUAUACAACCUCUUCAUUAAAUUUGAUGCCACUAUGGUAGAAAUUAACCCUAUGGUUGAAGAUUCCACAGGAAUUGUGAUGUGUAUGGACGCAAAGAUAAACUUUGAUAGCAAUUCAGCUUAUCGUCAGGAGAAAAUCUUCAACCUGCGGGACUGGACACAAGAAGACGAGAGAGACAGGCAAGCAGCAAAGGCAGAUCUGAAUUAUAUAGGAUUAGAUGGAAACAUCGGGUGUCUGGUGAAUGGAGCAGGUCUUGCAAUGGCCACAAUGGAUAUAAUUAAGCUUCAUGGAGGCACUCCAGCAAAUUUUCUUGAUGUUGGAGGUGGUGCUACAGCGCAGCAAGUAACUGAGGCCUUUAAGCUUAUUACCUCAGAUAAAAAGGUACAAGCCAUACUGGUAAAUAUUUUUGGAGGCAUUAUGCGAUGCGAUGUGAUUGCACAAGGAAUAAUUAUGGCAGUAAAAGAUUUGGAGCUAAAAAUUCCUAUUGUUGUACGGUUACAAGGUACACGGGUUGAUGAUGCCAAAGCAUUAAUAACAGACAGUGGUCUGAAAAUACUUGCUUGUGAUGACUUGGAUGAAGCUGCUAAAAUGGUUGUGAAACUUUCUGAAAUAGUGACUUUAGCAAAGCAAGCUCAAGUGGAUGUUAAGUUUCAGUUGCCAAUCUGAUCAAUUACAAUUUAUGUGGGUCUCAGAGCCUCUACUGUGUUCUGUCUUCAAAAUUAUUGUUGUUAUUUCUACCCUCAUAUGUGUGUCUAUUCUUGUCUGUCAGUUUUAAGUUUUAAUUGCUAGACAGGUAUACAUGUAUCUCAUUUCUACUGAUAGUAAGAAUGUUCAUUGCAGAAUUCUUGUUUCUAAUCCUACUUAGCAGUGUUUCUCCUCAGAAGUAGUUCUUCAUAUGCUUCUUUAUAAACACCACCACCCUGAAGUUGCCAAUGUAUUUCUUCCAAAUAAAUGUCUAAAUUAAACAGGACUUUUUGUCUCCGUGAUAACGAACCUGAUGCUUAACAGUAUCCCUUGCAGUAUUCAUAAGCUGUUAAGAAAUUGUUUUUGAAGCACAGAGAAUACUAUGAUACAUGAGAAUGUAUAGAAAAGGUAUUGUAUAUUGAAGGGUUUAUAAUCUGCAAUACAGUGAAUUAAUUUGAGUACACCACUUGUAUUUAUGAACAGUUUAUUUCUAUAUGAUGCUUUCUGAAGCAGCAGAGCAGUGUAAAUUAAUCACUACAAAUGUACUGUAAUGUUUAGAUAUUCAUGAUACUUACCUUCUGGUAAGUGUUCCAGUACUUAUUUAUAAGUAUCAUGUAGCUUUGUAUAUUAACAAAUACAGCUCAUUUCUUUUAGUGCUGGGCAGGCAUAAUAAGAGUAUCUCUUCUUAAAGUAAUGAAUAAAGUAUCUCAAAAGA